CCAGGACAUUGUGGUGUGUUUGACUAUGUUCGCUUACACAUCCAUGGGCAUUUUUGCAGCGAUGAUGGCAAUGGCUGCCUGGAUAUUGAUCGCACAUCAUCAACACACACGUUGAGAGUAUGUAGUUGACGUAUCCCCCGGUUCCAUAACAAUCAUAGAGAAAAAAGAGAACAAGGUUCAAAAACAAAGAUACGUACGUGCGUACGUGUGUGCGUACGCGCGUAAUCAUUUUUGCUGUUUGCAUGCGAAGGAAAAGAGGAAGAGCUUGCACAGAGAUAGGCUUUUUAGGAAAAAUGUUCUGGCUGGACACGUGACAAAACGCGUCGAAUACCUCUGAAUACACUGAGUUACCAGCGAUCGGUAAGAUAGAACGGGAUUGAGAGAGAGGGGCAGAAGAGGGGGAGAGACGAGAAGAACAAAUACGUAAACAAAAGUAGCUUAAAAAGUUUGGGAAAACUUCGGACGAAUCGAUUCUACGGAGAGAAAAUGAACAGCGGGCGUGUUCAAAGUAGAACAGGAGUACACUAAACAAAAAGAAUUCUAAACGAUAGAAUAAGACAAUUUUGUAUCUAAAACGGACAAUUACGACGAGCAAAGAAUUUCGAGGAGUAACUUGUAAAAACACACUUUCGAAUAUAAUCGAGAAGGUAUAUUCUAAACUAGGAAACAAAAAAGGCAAAUUUGUACUUAAACGUAGAAAAAGUAGCGGAGUGAAAGAAUUUAUUUAUUAUUACGAGAAGAAAAAAAAAGACUCGCAUUCAGAACGCACAAAGUAUUUUUUGGCAAUAGCGAAUCUUUCAGACAUGAAUUACACUUCGGAACCGGAUAUCUUCGGCAACGAGAGUUACAAUGCGAGCAACGGUCUCGACUGCGGCGGCGACACCUACUCCUACGGGAUAUGGGAACGUGUGAUGAUAGUCAUCAUUGCCGUUGUCCUCAGUCUAACGACCGUCGUUGGUAACAUUAUGGUCAUGAUCUCAUUCAAGAUCGACAAACAAUUGCAAACGAUCUCAAAUUAUUUCUUGUUCAGCCUGGCGGUCGCCGAUUUCGCGAUCGGUCUAAUCUCCAUGCCUCUUUUCACGUUGUACACCGUGCUCGGUUAUUGGCCGUUGGGACCGCACAUCUGCGACACGUGGCUGGCGCUCGAUUAUUUGGCCAGCAACGCGUCGGUUUUAAACCUUCUUCUUAUCAGCUUCGACAGAUACUUCUCUGUGACGAGGCCCCUCACUUAUCGCGCCAUGAGGACUACUUGCAAAGCAGGCAUUAUGAUCGCAUUAGCGUGGGGCGUUUCAAUGGUCUUAUGGCCGCCAUGGAUUUAUGCUUGGCCAUACAUCGAGGGGCAAAGAACGGUGCCCGUGAACGCCUGCUACAUUCAAUUCAUCGAGACAAAUCAUUACAUCACAUUUAUUACCGCAAUCGCCGCAUUUUAUGUGCCUGUUACUGUGAUGAUUAUUCUUUACUGGCGAAUAUGGAAGGAGACCAAGAAGAGGCAGAAGGACCUUCCGUACUUGCAGGCAGGGAAACAGGACGCUAGCAAACGGAGUAACUCUAGCGAUGAGGCGUUGGACAUGGAGGACUGCAAGAGGCCUAGGAGCGAGUCUAGCACAGGAGCCGAGGACAUGAAUUCCACGCAUAUCGCUGUCUCCUAUCUUGAAAAACAUUGUCCUCAAUAUAAAACAAAAUACAGACCUCUAUCGUGGAUGUGGUUGAAGAUGUGGUGCAUCGCGUGGUGGCACAGCGGUCGUGAAGACGACGACGACGACGACGACAUCGAAGGAGCCGAGAGCAGUCGAACAGGCCAUGGUUACGAUGAAGCCACAACGCCACUAUCAGCUGAAACACCUCUAACUGGCACGGUCUCUAGAUCAGCCUCUCUGAGUGGGAUUCAUCCUACGGCUCUAACAGUUGAGAAGACUGUCUGCAUAGCGGAUAUCCACGAUUACAAGAAGUCUGGGAAGGGCGGCGAAUUGUCGACAAAGAGCAUCUCCAGUGAUUCAGUGUACACGAUCUUAAUCCGGCUGCCCACAAGGGAUACCAGCGGCAUGGGGAAGUACACGGAGGGCCCUAGCAUAAAGAUGUAUCACGACGAAGCAGUGACUUAUCAACUUCACAGUAUGAUCGAGGACGUGGAGGAGGAGAACGGGAAGAUAUUUCGUCUGGGUAGCACGAUAUCGAGCCCGUCGCCUGUGAUCAGAAGACCGUCGCGAAUGCCCGACAUAAGGAUCCCGUUAAACACGAAAAACAUCCCGAAAGCAUUGGCCAGCAAGGUGCCUGCGAACAAGAGCGCGAACAAGAAGAAGAAGAAGCUACAGGAGAAGAAAGCGGACCGUAAGGCGGCAAAGACAUUGUCGGCCAUCUUGUUGGCGUUCAUCAUCACUUGGACGCCGUACAAUAUUCUCGUUUUAAUAAAAUCCAUCACAGCCUGCUCGUGGUACAUACCGCAGCAGUUAUGGGACUUUUUCUAUUACCUUUGUUAUAUUAAUAGUACUGUGAACCCAAUGUGUUACGCUCUAUGCAACGCGGCGUUCCGAAGAACCUACGUGAGGAUUCUCAAGUGCAAGUGGCAUAACAGAAACAGGGCCGCAGUUGACAGAGGAUGAUAUCAGUAGAAACGCUUCGCGUGCAACGCGUUUGCGCGCCGAAGCGUGUCACCUUUUGUUUCGUUACUGUUUUCUUUUUUAUCGUUUUAUAAACAUUCCACCGAACUUGCUUGCCAACAAUAAGGAAACUGAGUUGCUUCGAUAUACAGUGAUAACAUUCGUUUCCUACGAUUUGCUGAAACGCUUUUUGGCUGGGUUGGCGCAGCUACAGUACGCAACGGCGACACUGCGCAUGCGUACGCGCAUGCGCACUGGAAUCAGUCGGUAGCGAUGAGUACUUACAGAUAGACAUCUGAAAAUGUAAGGGGACUUAGAAACUGUUGGAAAACUUGAUAGUUCGGAACAGAGACUGAAGAUUUUACAUUAAAAUUUAUCUGAUAAUCUUUUUAAUAGCGUCUUAAUAAUUAAACCCAACGUCGAAGGUUCACAAGUAAUAAAGGUAAAUUAUUUUUUACUGAAUCAUUUUUUUCUUAAACUUACUUUGCCAAAAAAUAUUCUAGAAAGUCUCUAGUUUGACGAGACAUAUUAAUCUUAAUAAUUAUUGCAGUAAGUCAAAGUUUCAGCAUAACAAAGUUGUUUGAAAACUUAUAACAGAGAUUACCCUUCGCUAACCGCGGUCCAUGUGCUCAUGCGCAUACUCUUUGCGCAUCUACGCCAUGUUUACUUCCUCUACGCCGACCUUACGAGUAGUCCCAAAGCGUCCACAGUUUUUUUUUACUUUCUUCCAUAAUUCUUUCAUUUUACAAAAAUAACUGUUAAGAAACAGUUUCAAUCUGUUAAUACUUCUUUCCUGAAAGAGAAAAAAUGCAAUUGCAUUAAAUAGAUAGAUUGUUUUAAGGAAUUUUUUGACGGAAUUACUGUUAAGGAUAUAUCGCAUGAAACAUAUUCCUUUCGUGUACGUAUAUGAAUGUUCAAACGGAUACGAAAUAAAAUGGCUCGCAACGUUUAUAUACAAAUCAAAAUAUGUAUGUACAAUUUAAGUGGAUGAAAUGUAUGUCGCUCGAAAAGUUUCGUUGCAUAUUUUAGAACUAGAUCUGGGGAAAAACAGGGUGUACAAUUCGAUUUGAUAAAUUUAGAAAAUGCAUUUUCUACGCGUACUUUGCCAUCGAUCAUGUUCUUUUCCAUUGCAUAUUUUGAUUGACGGUAGAAUUUAAAUACUGUGUGGUCCAACUGAAACAUGCCAUACUUAGUUUCAAAUUUUCAGUUCUUUAAAUGAAGAAUUUCAUUUGACCUAACCUUACUUUAUUUCUAACAUUAUUUAUUCAAAAUGGUGGUCUUCUGUACUCUGCUUUCAACCACUCAUUUUUUAAAUUAAACAUUUAAGUUUUUAAUUAGGUACUGUGCCAUUUAUUUGAACCACACUGUAUAUCUUUGUACAUUAGAAUUCACCUUUCAUUUUUCUAUUGAAUUUCGAUUACAAACGUCAUUAAAAUGACAAAUAUUAUUUGUGGGGAA